AAUCCGUCAACUGUUUGGUUUGUUAUCCAGUUUUUAAUUAUGGUUCAUUACACGAAAAACACUAAAAUCAAUAGUUUUUGUUCCAAACUAAAAAAACACUCCUGAAGGUACACCGUGUUAUGCCGACAGGCGUUAUGACGUGCGUUUCUCGGGAUAACACCUGUCGACAGGUUAUGCGGAAAUGCGGAACAAUGAAUCUUUUCGUGAUCGCAAAUGACAUGAAGAUCAGUGAAGUUGGGUGUGUCUGAAAACAAACGUCUGAAGUUAUGGCUUGCACAUCCCAGUCAGCCUUGAAAUAUGUUGAGAAUGCCAGACCUCACCUUGUUGGAGAACUGAGGAAUCUGUCAGUGAUUCUUGAGAACUUGUAUCAACAAAAAGUUCUUAUUGAUGAAGAGGUCAGCAAGAUAAAUGCAGAGAGAGAUGAUUAUGAUAGAACCAGAGCGAUACUGGACUCAGUCACUAGAAAAGGUGACGCAGCCUGCUACGUGUUUCUAAGGAUUAUUGAUCAGACAAGGAGGAGAACCUUAGAGAGGCAAACUCCUCUUUCCAAGAGCAGUCAUGAAGCUUCAACUGAGGGUACAGAGUUUGACCUGCACCACUGGAUCAGCUGCUUUCCUUUCAAAGAAGAUGCAGAAAUACAGCAAAACUACAUACGAGGUCCAAGGCCAUGCUGCAAAUAUCAGAAGAAGUUAAAAUCAAAAGCAAAAAAAUUAUCAGAGAACUUCUGGAGGGCAAGUAAAGAUCUUUUUGCAGAAGACAAGAAGCCUGAUCUGUUUCACAGUGCAGUUGUAUUUGAUAUCCAAGGAAAGAUUUCUCCAUCCAAGAUAAAGAAAAUCAAAAACAAUAAAAGCAAGAAGUCCCGUCCUAAAAAGUUAAGGACUUAUAUUCCAGGGAAUAAACCAGAAAUCUCCCCCAGUGACCUGCUGAAAACAGAUAAAAACAUCCUCCUGGUUGGGAAACCUGGAAUUGGAAAGUCAGCGCUGAGUCAUGAAAUAUUGAGACUGUGGUCAGAAAGAGACAAUAAGGAGCUGGAUUACAUGUUUUACUUUGACAUGAGGAAAUUAACCAACAUCCCACCAAUCAGGAGUUUGGAGGAUCUUCUUUUCACUGCAUGCAGUGAACCAGAUGAGGGCAAAGAUGAAGUUUUGCAAGAUAUAAAGAGCAACUCUGAUAAUGUUACAGUCAUUUUGGAUGGAGUCACUGAUCUCUCUCCAUCGGUUGUGGAGAAACUUGUAGACAAAGAUUUCUUACCUGAUGCUAAAAUCAUCAUUACCUGCAGACCAGAAGAUGAGGAAAACUUAUCUCCUGAAGACUGGCUCAGAGUGGAGGUGAAAGGCUUCUGUGAGGAAACAAUCAAGACAUAUUUGUCUUCAACUCUGGGUGAAAAUCACAGGAAGGUCCUGAGUAACCUGGAGCUGUUGACCCUUUGUCAUGUUCCAAUGUAUGCACUGAUGGUGGCUGCCAGCUUUUCAUCUACAGACUCUCUGCAGCCCAGAACUGUGACUGAAAUAUACAUCAAUAUUGUUAGAUUUGGCCUUCAGAUGAACAGCAACAAAACCAGGAUCAGGAAUCUCAGUCAGUUCAUCAAAACCAAGAGAAAUGGAAUCCUGUCUCUGGCUGAAGCUGCUUUUAAUGCAACCGAAAGAAAAACUGUGAACCUGGGAGAACUUUCCUGUGAAGACACCUGCGUCCUUUCCUUCCUGAAAACACUCCAUGGCAAAGUUCCUCCUACUGAAACCAUAACUCUCAAUGCUUUCCUCCAUUACACCAUGCAGGAGUUUUUUGCAGCUCUGUGGCUUCUGAAGAAUCCUGAUAAGAUCAGCGAAGUUUUGCAGCAAUGCCUCACUGAGGAGAAGAAACACAUGAAGCAUCUGAUCCCGUUCAUGUGCCGUUUGUUGAAUGAGAAGAGUCCAUGUUUGAUGAGCUGUCUGAUUCCAGCUGAGGAGAUCAAGGAAACAUCUGGAUGGUUCUUCAAAGAAAUGAUUGACAUAUUUUUCUCCAAAAAUGAAGACACUGAACGUUAUGUAGAUAUAUUAUUCUUAUGCCAAUGUUUAUAUGAGUCACAGAGCUCUGAAAACUGUAUUUCCUUUCUGGAGAACCUGGACUUCCAUCUUGACCUCAGUGGAGAGAAUCUGGACCCUUAUUCCUGCUGUGCUGUGGCCUUUAUGGUCACUCAGUCAAAGGAGAGGAAAAUAAGUCUGAACCUUCAGGAUGUGACGGUGUCUGAGCAAGGAAUGAGACAUCUGUUUGGAUGCAUUGAAAAUGUUCAGUGGGUUGAUCCUCUCCCUCUGCAGUUGUGGACUGUUGUCUUUCUCAGUGAAGGGCUGACAGAAUAUAUGACAUUAUUGCAUCGCUGUGGAAACCAGCUGUAUCUUCCAGUUGUAGGUGAAAAGCUGCUGUUUGAAAGAGCUGUGAAGGUCAUGCAGAGGUCAGCUACAAAGGUCAAUGUCUGCCUCCAUUGGACCCAAAGAGGUCAUGUCUGCCAGAGUCUAUGUGAAUCCCUGCUACAGGUGCUGCCAUACACACAUCAUCUCAGGUUUGAUCGUCAGAGCUCAUAUCGUGAUGAACAAACCAGGUUCUUAGUGAAUCUGUUCUGUGCAGCAGCAGAGAGAGAACAGCAGACAGGAGAGAAGAUGCUGGACACGUUAACAUCAGUCUGUAGAUAUCAAACUAUUUUCGGUUAUAAUAAUAAAUCUCAGAGUGACUUCCUGCUGGAUCUGUACUCCCAGCUGAAGGACAGAGAGACUAAAUCAGGUCUGAGUCUCCUUCCAUCAUUACAGUCAGUUUUCCAAUCAGCUCCUGAAGUCUGGAUCAUAAAGCUCUCAGAGAGAAAGACCUCCAUCCUCCUGGAAGUGCUGAAACUCCAACCAGAGAAGAAACCAGUGGAGCUGACAGACUGCUCACAUGGAGAGAGUGAAGUGAGGAGUUUCCUGCAGUGUCUGCCUUUUAUCUCUCAGCUCAGGUUUGAUCUUUGGAGCUCAGAUCCUGAUGAACAAACCAGGUUCUUAGUGAAUCUGUUCAGUGCAGCAGCAGAGAGAGAACAGCAGACAGGAGAGAAGAUGCUGGAAACGUUAACAUCAGUCUGUGGAGAUGAAUUAACAGGUUAUGAUGAUGAUGAUGAUGACAGUUUAAAAUGUCGCCUUGACUUCCUGCUGGAUCUGUACUCUCAGCUGAAGGACAGAGAGACUAAAUCAGGUCUGAGUCUCCUUCCAUCAUUACAGUCAGUUUUCCAAUCAGCUCCUGAAGUCUGGAUCAUAAAGCUCUCAGAGAGAAAGACCUCCAUCCUCCUGGAAGUGCUGAAACUCCAACCAGAGAAGGUAGCAGUGAUGCUGACAGACUGCUCACAUGGAGAGAGUGAAGUGAGGAGUUUCCUGCAGUGUCUGCCUUUUAUCUCUCAGCUCUGCAGCAGAGAGAGAACAGCAGACAGGAGAGAAGAUGCUGGACAUGUUAACAUCUGUGAAGAUGAAUUAACAGGUUAUGAUGAUGAUGAUGAUGAUGACAGUUUAAAAUGUCGCCUUGACUUCCUGCUGGAUCUGUACUCCCAGAUGAAGGACAGAGAGACUAAAUCAGGUCUGAGUCUCCUUCCAUCAUUAAAGUCAGUUUUCCAAUCAGCUCCUUUAUUGUGGACCAUAAAGCUCUCAGAGAGAAAGACCUCCAUCCUCCUGGAAGUGAUGAAACUCCAACCAGAGAAGAAACCAGUGGAGCUGACAGACUGCUCACAUGGAGAGAGUGAAGUGAGGAGUUUCCUGCAGUGUCUGCCUUUUAUCUCUCAGCUCUGGUUUGAUCAUCAGAGCUCAUAUCGUGAUGAACAAACCAGGUUCUUAGUGAAUCUGUUCUGUGCAGCAGCAGAGAGAGAACAGCAGACAGGAGAGAAGAUGCUGGAAACGUUAACAUCAGUCUGUAGAUAUCAAACAUUCCCUUCAUAUUAUAGUACUAAAUCUCAGAGAGGCUUCCUGUUGGAUCUGUACUCCCAGCUGAAGGACAGAGAGACUAAAUCAGGUCUGAGUCUCCUUCCAUCAUUACAGUCAGUUUUCCAAUCAGCUCCUGAAGUCUGGAUCAUAAAGCUCUCAGAGAGAAAGACCUCCAUCCUCCUGGAAGUGCUGAAACUCCAACCAGAGAAGAAACCAGUGGAGCUGACAGACUGCUCACAUGGAGAGAGUGAAGUGAGGAGUUUCCUGCAGUGUCUGCCUUUUAUCUCUCAGCUCAGGUUUGAUCUUCAGAGCUCAUAUCGUGAUGAACAAACCAGGUUCUUAGUGAAUCUGUUCUGUGCAGCAGCAGAGAGAGAACAGCAGACAGGAGAGAAGAUGCUGGACACGUUAACAUCAGUCUGCAGAUAUAAAACAUUCCCCUUAUGUUACGGUGGUAAAGAUCAGGUUGACUUCCUGCUGGAUCUGUACUCCCAGCUGAAGGACAGGGAGACUAAAUCAGGUCUGAGUCUCCUUCCAUCAUUACAGUCAGUUUUCCAAUCAGCUCCUAAAGUCUGGAUCAUAGACCUCUCAGAGAGAAAGACCUCCAUCCUCCUGGAAGUGAUGAAACUCCAACCAGAGAAGAAACCAGUGGAGCUGACAGACUGCUCACAUGGAGAGAGUGAAGUGAGGAGUUUCCUGCAGUGUCUGCCUUUUAUCUCACAGCUCAGGUUUGAUCCUUGGAGCUCAGAUCCUGAUGAACAAACCAGGUUCUUAGUGAAUCUGUUCUGUGCAGCAGCAGAGAGAGAACAGCAGACAGGAGAGAAGAUGCUGGAAACGUUAACAUCAGUCUGUAGAUAUCAAACAUUCCCUUUUGAUGACAUAGACGCUGAUUAUGAAUAUAUAAGUGAAUAUAGAAGUGACUUCCUGCUGGAUCUGUACUCCCAGAUGAAGGACAGAGAGACUAAAUCAGGUCUGAGUCUCCUUCCAUCAUUACAGUCAGUUUUCCAAUCAGCUCCUGAAGUCUGGACCAUAAAGCUCUCAGAGAGAAAGACCUCCAUCCUCCUGGAAGUGAUGAAACUCCAACCAGAGAAGAAACCAGUGGAGCUGACAGACUGCUCACAUGGAGAGAGUGAAGUGAGGAGUUUCCUGCAGUGUCUGCCUUUUAUCUCUCAGCUCAGCGUUCCUCCAGGGUUUUUCCAGAGUGUUUGUUCGUCUCUAUCUGUGAGAUCCAGAGAGGAGAUUCAGCAGCUGGUUUCUCUCCUGCAUCUUCUGACCUUCAAUCUGCAGCUAACUGGAGUUUUACCCAGGAAAACCUGCAGCUCUGUGGGAAAAGUUCUCCCUCUCUGUGCAUCUAAAGUGGAUCUGAUCCUCACAGACAGCCGGAUGUCCGCCAGAGGAGCUGCUCUCCUCUUUAGAUCUACCACACAACAGUCUGAGACUCUCCAACAGUCUGGUCCUGUUCCUGUCUCAGUGGGUGAGAAGAGGCAGAGUGACCUCUCCUCUGGUCCUGGAAGAGCUUUCUGUGGUUUCCACCAAAGCUCAGCCACAGAGAGUCUUGUUGAAGGUGGGCAGCAGUUUGGCGUCUCUGCUGCGGUCUUGGGACGGUUACCGGUUGACCUGACCGAGUCCGGACUCCCCGCUCAGAGCCUGUUCAGCCUGCUGCUUCACGAUGCUCCUCUCAGACUCAGACUGAGGGAAGAGAAACUCCAGCAGCUUCUGGGUGUCCUCCACGAGGUCCAGGACCAGAACCUGACGUUGUCCCUCUUGAACAAGGUCGGCGGAGACCUGAGCUCCUGCCGGUUGAGCUGGGAGCUUCUUCACUUCCUGCUGCAGCAGCCGACAGCCCAGAUCAUCACCGUGAACCUGAGGAAGAACCAAUUCUUAGAGGAGAGAGCUGCUCAGCUGCUGCUCUUCCUGCACAGGCUGCUGAUUCUAAGGCCCAGUCCGAGUUUUGUCAGGACGUCCAUCAGGGAGAUCUUCAGGACUCACCCCAGUAACACGAUACCCUGGUUGCUGAGAUACAGCGACAGGAAACUGAGACUGAAGCUGGUGUGGAGCUCCAUCCCAGCAGAGGGAAUCCAGUCCAUCCUUUAUAUGCUGCACACAGUUUCUGAUCUCAGUGUGGACAGGAAUGUCCUGCUGAGGUUCCUCCACUGCUGCGCUGCCUCUGACAGCCUGCAGGGGGCAGCAUCAGGUCUGCUGAGGACUCUAAAGCACAGGUUGGAUCUUUCCUGCUCCUCCUGCGUGGAGCUACCAGAGGAGGAGGAUCAGACGGAGCCUCUGAGGUUGACGGCCGCCGACUGCAGGGCCGUCUCCACCGUCCUGAGUCUCAGCAGCGGCGGGGACACACAGCUGGACCUGAGAGACUGUGAGGUGGAGGACAGCGGGCUGGACCUGCUGUUUCCUGUCCUGGACAGAGUCCGACUCAGAGUCAAUAAGACGGUCCUGGUCCAGCUUCUGUCUCUGCUGGCCGUGAACAAUCAGAGGGACACGGCGAGACGGGCGGCGUCCCUGUGCAGAGCCCUGGGAGGAGAAGUGGACCUGAGUCACUGUCCACUGGAUCAGAGGCUCUGUGGAGCUGUGGCUCUGCUGCUGGACUACUGUGAAGACGUAAGAGAGCUGGACCUCAGUCACUGCCAGCUGACAGACCAGCUGCUGCUGCAACUCAGCGCACAUCUGCACAAAGUCCACAUCCUGGAUCUGAGUCACAAUCUUAUCACUGAUCUCUCCAUUGAUUCUUUACUCCACAUGUUCUUCUUGAACCCCAACAUUCAUUCAGUGAGACUGAACAACAACAACAUCAUGAACAAAAGUCCUUUUAAGGGCAACAAGAUGUUUGACAUCUGGUGAAGCAGUUUGCAGUCACUUGGUCCUAACAGGAUGUUUGUCUCUAAGGCGUAAUACAAAACUCUCUCUGUAUGGGUGGAGUGGUACCUGCAAAUGGAGUUACUAGUCCUCAGUGUAGUUUGCAUGGGAUAUUUGGGCUAAGAAUAAAUCAUUAUGUUUUCCUUGCUGAUUGGAAUUUGUGUGUUUGAAGAGGAAACAAGAAACUUUCACAAUGCUGUAAUGUAAAGAAGGCAAACAAAAUGUAUUCCAUGUUGUGUCUCUGUGAUGCUUUACAAGAGCAAUUGAAUCCUAGAUAAUUUCCACCAAACAGAUCAUGUGGUUCUGUUUCUGUUACUUGCAGUGGCUUCUGUUCUUUCUUGCCUUUCCUUUGUUGAUGCUCCAGCACGGUACACCUCAUGUUCCUAAAUGUCCAACUGGCAAAUCAAGCUUGAAAACAUACAAAGUACAAAUUGAAGUCAUUGACAGUAAAACACGAUCAAAUUAGUCACAUGAAAUAUAUGUAAAUAAUGGUACCUAAACAUCAACAGAUCCACUAUUUCAAUAAGAAAAGACCCAAUAAGUUUGAACAGUAACUCCAGGUUUUCUUCAUGAAUUUCUCCUCCACUUUCUUUUCUGGUUUUUCCAGUUAAAUUCUGUUAGUUCCCUGUUUGCCUUUUUUCUGUUUCCCAGGAUCACUUUUCUGUUUUGUGCUGUUCCUGCUUGUAUGUGCAAUGGGUUUAUGUAGUUUUGUAUGAGGUAUUUGUCAUUAAAGUUUAAUAAGUA